AUGAACAUUUAAUUGGCAUAAAAGGUUGUUAAUUAAUGGAGAUUGUUUGUAGAAAAAAAAAGAGAGGUAAGAAGCAUUCUUGUGACAUAAUAUAAGCAAAGCUAUUUAAAAGUUUAUUAUUCAUAUAAGGAAUUUAAGAAAAGGAAAUUUUAAUAAUACAUAAUUACUAAUGCUUCCAAACUCAUUUACAAAGCAUUAAAAAUCAAUUUAUAAAGAGUUCAAAAUCUCAAGCAAUUUAUCUAACAAAAUAAAAUAAAGCGAUUUUAUAUUUUAAAAUAAUAGGAUAACUUAUUCUGUAAGAUUACAAAUUUAUAAUCCCAAAAUGCAAUAAUAAAAACAAUAAGACCUCCAAAAUAUGCUAAAUGUGAGCAUAAGAAUCUAAUACCUUUGAUUUUUAGAAGUGUUAAAAAUGCUGUUAUUUUGUUUAACUUCCACUAUAUGCAAAAGUAUUAUGGAGAGACUACUAUGGAUAAAGACAUGAUAAAGAAUGAGUUUUUAUAUUAUUUUACUAAUUAUGUUACAGUUAAACGGCCAUAGAAAUUAUACUAACUUACUGCUCCAGAAUAUGAAAGAUAUAAACAUGUACUUUAAAAAGUAGAUAAAUUUUAAUCUGAAGAAUACACGUUAUUAAAUUAUGUAGAAUUAUAAAAUAUUAACGUGCUAAAAAAGAUAUAUAUACAUAACAGAAAGAAUAAGGAUUAAUAAUUAUAACUAUAUUUUGAUUAUUAAUUAAAAGAAAUUGGAGCAGCCUGCAAAAUUUAAAAGUUUUUUAGAGGGAAAAAGAAUCGAAAAAGAAAAGGAAUGACAUAUUCUGUCAUAGUUGGAUUAAUCAAUUAAUCUCGUGCAAUAUUUGUAAUUCAGAAAUGGUUUAGAAGGAUAAGAUAAUUCCAUAGAACCAACUUUUUUAAAGACAUCUCCUUUUACAUUUCCUAGAUUCCUACAGAACAUUUAUAUUUAGACAUGGAAAUUUAUUAGAAAAUAGAGCAAAUAGUCUAAGAUUAAUAAUAUACCAUUAAGUUUUUAGAAUAAUAUAAUACGAUAGUUUCAGAUAAUGAAGCUGUAAGAUUGACGUUUUUAUCAUCAAAGGCCCAAUCCUUAAAUUAAUCAACUUACUAAUAAUCUAUAUCUUAGUUUGAUAAUGCCCCUAUUAAAGUUGUUCCUUAAUGGUUGAUUAAAUAGAUUUAGAUGGUUCCAAUUUCCUAACAAAAGUUUAUAGAUUACUCUAUAAUUAAGUAGGAAAUGAAAGGUUCUAAAUGGAGUUGUAGAAAUAGAUAGUAUUAAAAGAAAUAAUUUGAAAAAUUAAAUGAUUUGACUUUUUAAAAGUAGUGUGAUAUUUAUGGUUUGCUUCAUUUGGGUGCCAAAAUCUCUUUUGAUCAUAUUUGCAAAAGAAGCUAUAUAAGAUUUACUUACAAAUCAACAAGUGAGGCAAGGUAUAGGGCUUUGGCUUUAGCUCUUAUUACUUAUAAAUUUAAAUAUAAUGGAGUUAGCAUUUAAAUGUUAAAUGAUAACUUAUGGGAAAGCCCUUAUUAAAAACAAGAGUAGUUUCUCUAAAAAUAUUAUUACAAAAUUUAAAAAGCUUUUAAAAUAGAAUCAUUAGAAUUGGCAUCCUCUAACUUGCAAAAUUCACCAUCAAACUGUUUAAUUUUAUGUAAAAAUGAAUUCCAAGCAGAACAAUUUAAAUUAAAAUAAAAUGAGAUCCAGUUGCAAUUUUAUAAUGAAACAAGCAAGAUACCUUUAAGCUUUAUUUGGAUGAGCACUUAACAAAUAAUUAAAAAAGUGCCAAUAAAAAUUCAAAAUCAAUAACUAAGCUAAAAUAAUACUCUAAAAUUGAGUUCUAUUUUAUAAAAGAGCUCAAUUUUAGAAAAUAGAAAUGACAAUGAGGAGGAUCAACAAUUUGAGUAGAGUAUUUAAAGCAAAUUUUAUGUGUCCAAUGAAUUGUCUCCUACAUCUCCAAAAAGAGAAGCAAUUAAUAAGUCUACUAUCUUAGCUCUCAAAUUUUCUAUUUUAUGCUUAGAUAAUCCAGAUGUUCAAUUUUAAGAACCAAAAUUUAAGAGGAGAACCGAGUAAACCUACUUAGAGUUUGCAAUGACAAGCAGAUAAAGAACAUAAAAUAAUCCUCUAAAUAAUUCUAAGGCAAAUGGGCUUUAUAAUUUUUAGAGUAACAAUGCUUAACUUUAAAAAAAAAAGAAUAACUAAGAUCUCGAAAAUAUUAGUGAAAAUACUGAGUACUCGCAUUUGUAAAGAAGAUACAAAGAAUUUAUUUAGAAUGAAAAUAAAACAAAAGGGGAAUCAAUAAAGUCUUAGAAACAAAAUGAAAAAAUACUAUUAAGUGAAUUUUCAAAUUUGAUCAAUAAAAAAGGAAUAAAAGUCAAAAACAAUAUAAUUUAAACCUAGAGAGCAAAGUCUAUAGAUAGACCGACAAAAAACAAUAUUUAUUCAUAAUAUAGUUAAUCUGUGACAAAAAGAGAAGAUUAUAAGGAUUAUUCAUUAGCGUUUCCUAAGAUAGAAUAAAAAAGCUCAAAAAAACAGAACUUAGAUUCUAGACUAUCAAAUUACCAAAAAUGCUGUAAUUUUCCUGAAGAUUAAUAUACAAUGGCUAAAGAUACUAUAAAAUUUUGA